AUGAUUCCUAGUGCGUUGCUGAAGUUGUUUCGGUCUGAUCUCCUUAAAGCGCCUGAAGGCAUAUCAAUGUACGGAAAUAAAGAAUGCCUAGAAAAAGGUAUCGGCUACGCUGUGGUAAUCAUCGCAUUCUACGUCGACUUUUUCUACAACGUCGUCAUAGCCUGGGCGCUCUACUACUUCUUUGCCUCGUGGACGUUGAAUCUGCCCUGGGUCGGCUGUGACAACCCCUGGAAUACGGACGACUGUUUUGACGGUGACCCGCUAAAGUACGACGAUUACGUAUAUCCGACGUGGGCAAACGCUCUGGGUUGGAUCAUCGCAAUGUCAUCUGUCUUUAUGAUUCCCGCCAUGGCGCUCUACACGCUCGCAACGACACCUGGCGACACCUUUCUCGAGAGACUUCGUACGUCGAUCACUCCGUUGGCAGACCAAGAGGCUGCUGCACGAGCCGUGAAGAACGAUCAGACUGAAGUGCGAGUGGUAUGGUUCACCGCGAUAUUCCCCUACGUGGUUCUCAUGUGUCUGCUCAUACGGGGAGUGACAUUGCCUGGAUCCGUAAAAGGAAUCGAGUACUAUCUAACACCGAACUUUACCAAGCUUGGAGAACCUGAGGUGUGGGUGGACGCUGCCACACAGAUCUUCUUCUCGCUGGGUCCCGGCUUUGGAGUACUCAUGGCUUUCGCCAGCUACAAUGAAUUCCACAAUAACGUCUAUCAUGACGCGAUCCUGACGAGCUGCAUCAACUGCCUGACCAGUUUUCUCUCCGGCUUCGUCAUCUUUGCCGUGCUCGGCUACAUGUCGCACCGCUCAGGGGUCAGCAUCAAGGACGUGGCCACCGAAGGGCCAGGUCUAGUGUUCAUCGUCUAUCCUGAAGCCAUCGCAACUAUGCCCGGUUCGACAGCCUGGGCAAUACUAUUCUUUCUCAUGCUGCUCACUCUAGGACUUGACAGUUCCUUUGGUGGUUCGGAGGCCAUCAUCACAGCCCUCAGUGACGAGUUUGUGUGGGUGAAGAAGCACAGGGAGAUCUUCAUCGGUUGCCUCUUCACGCUAUACUACUGCAUCGGUCUUACGGCGUGCGCCCAGUUGAUACAUUUAUUUGCUCUUCCGUUAUUUAUUAAAGGUGUCGAUAGGAUGUCAAGUGAUAUCUGCGAAAUGAUUGGUACACGACCAUCGGCCUACUGGCGGACAUGUUGGAAAUUCAUCGCACCUCCUUUUAUUCUGGUCAGCGAAAUUCUCUUCGAUAAAAUCAAAGAGGAGACUCCUCGGUACGUCGAUCAGAUUCCGUUGGCGAGACCAAGAGGCUGCUGCACGACCGUGAAGAAUCGAUCAGGACUGAAGUGGCGAGUCAGCGGAGGAGCAAAUGGGGCCGCAGUCUAG